AUGGCAAUAUUCAACGUUACAAAGCACGCCUUGUUGCCAAAGGCUUUCAACAAAAAACAAGGUGUGGAUUUCUUUGAGACCUUUAGUCCUGUUCUGAAGAUUUCUACAAUUCGAGCUAUUCUUGCUCUUGCUGCGAACUCUGUCUCAGAUUCAUCUCUCUUUUAUUACAGAAAUCCAAAUGUUGAACUCUAUCUCUUAGUUUAUGUUGAUGACAUUCUUUUAACUGGCAACAAUCAUCAUAAGGUCAAGAAUAUCAUCACUCAACUCAAGCAAUAUUUCUCUCUGAAAUCGCUGGGGUCUAUGACUGACUUCCUUGGUUUCGAAAUCACUCAGGGAGCAUACGACAUUCAUCUUUCCCAAGGAAAAUACAUGACUGAUUUGCUUCGAAAGACCAACAUGCUCAAGUGUAAGUCAAGCCCCACACCUAUAUCUCAAGGCGAAAAUUUGAGCACCGGAGAUAGCAAAAUCUUUCAUCAACCUACUAUCUUUCAGAGUGUCAUGGGAGGUCUUCAAUACCUUACCUUGAGCAGACCAGAUAUUGCAUUUACUACUGUUUGUAAAAGGCUUCUCAGAUAUCUUCGCGGAACUAUAGGCCUUGUUUUCAAACCCUCAAAUCAUUGGGCAGUCGAGUGUUUCAGUGAUGCGGAUUGGGCUGGUUCCAGUGAUGAUAGAAAGUCGACUGCUGGUUAUUGUGUGUAUUUGGGAGGCAAUCUAAUUACAUGGUGCUCCAAGAAACAGAAAGCUAUUGCAAAAUCAUCAACUGAAGUUGAAUAUAGGGUCUUAUCUCACACUGCCACCGAAAUGGCUUGGAUGCAUUCACUCUUUGAAGAACUUGGCCUUAAUCACAAAGUUCCUGCUGUGAACUGA